GGUGGGUGAACGUGAUAUGCGGUGGUGUUAUACCACGUUUUCGCUCUUUCGUUGCUGAAUAGAUAACACAUCAUCUUAUAUCCAUGAAUAUCAGUGUGGAGGUAGGAACAACCAGAGAGAGCUGGAACAAUGUCUGAAGAUACAACUGAAGGUGAGGGGCAGCUGUUUGGAGAGAGCUCGGUUGACUUGACUACCACUCCCGUUACAAAGACUGAGGGUGAAGUAGAACAGAUUAAAGGGUUUUCAUCAGAAAACAGGGAGAAAGAGACUACUGAGGAAGCAGACCAUCAAAGGGGGAGCGGGGAAGGCGGUGACAGUGAAAUUCUCAGUGUUGCUGAUGAUGCUGGAAGAGAUGAAACUGUGGAUGAAGUUCAGUGUGAUGGCGGCCAUGUAGGAAGUACCAUCACAAAGGAUGAUCAUGAUGGUGGUAAGGUGGAUAAUGAUGCAAAUCAGUCAAUGACCAGCAAGGGAGCUGAGGCUUUGACAGAUGAGACAGGAAGUGGGGAAAAUAUGGAAGGGAGUGCAGUAGAUCCACAGCCGCCUGAGGAUGAUAAACAGGAAGUAGCUUCAGGGGUGCGUACGCAGAAGGAAGGAAAGAAGAAGAAAAAAGAUAAACAAACUGUCAUUGACAAUGAUGAGGAAGUAAAUGUUGGAGAUUUAUCCCAACUGACAGAAGAUUCUCGCAACAUUCUGUUUGGCCGCGCCUUGGUGUAUGAACGUGACAGCAAGAAGAACUGUGCCCUAAAGUGUUACUUGGCCUGCCUGUCCCACCUGACUCCUCAGUCCAACUUUGUUCUGCUGCCACAGUGUCUCAGAAAUAUUGCUGAUCUUUACUACAGAAAAGAAGAAUAUGAAAAGGCAAUUUUGUUUAUCCAAGCUGAGAAGCUCUUCUAUGAAAAUGCCUUGGUUGAUACAAAUGAAAUACAACAGAAGAUAGAGUCGUUGCGUCAAGGGGCAGGUAACUCUGAUUCAUCCCGAUCUAAUGAAGAUGCUAAGAUAGCUGCUGACUCACUUCGGGCAGAUGAAUAUGAACAUUUGGCCAAACUCUGUGUUGAUAAGAAACAGCCCCAACUGGCUCUUGAGUAUGCUGGAAAGGCCACAAAGCUGCGGCAGAAGAUCUAUGGAAAUGAUAAUCCCAUCACCAGGGAGAGCCUGGACUUUUUUGCCACAUUAUAUGCUGAGGUCGGCAAGCAGCAGUAUUCAGAUUCCAUAACACAACUGAAUGAUUCCGAGGGGAGUGAGGGGGCAUCUGUAAGUCCAGCCGUGACCCCCUCCAUGGAGCGCUCUCCAUCCUCCAUACUGCGCCAAAGGAGAACAGGAGAUGACAAAGAGAAAAAGCAGGUUCGUUUCCAGGAGCCAGAGGGAGGGUCAUCAAGCACGGGAUCAGACAGCACCAGGGAGCAAGAGGAGUUCAUAUCCCACACUCUGCUGUGGGUGCUGUUUGCCAUCUGUUUCCUGUUGCUGUGCAUCUUGGGACUGUGGCUGCUGUGCUCCAUGUCGGACACCUUGGCCUGUCAGUGGGUGAAGGGAGAACUGCACUAUUUCUACAUGCGCAUCAAGUACUACUACUACCAGUAUGCCUCAACCAAGAAGAUCAAAUAUGCUUGACUUCAUCACGUUGAGAUGAUUGUCAGUGAGUGUUGAAUCAAAAUAUUUUUAGGUCGUGACACUUUAAAGAAUUUCUGAAAUAUUUGAAUAGGACGUAUAACAUGUAUAGAAUAGCUACUGAUCAAACUUGGACAACUAAUUCAAGGUGACUAGAUGCUAUUUGAAAAAAUGUGAUAAGUACAAUUGUACUGACGACAAAGAUAUGUUUUGCAUUGGGUUACCAGAUGGGUAUUUAUUUCUUCUGCUGCAUUGGUUGUCAGAAAGAGAGAUUAAUAACCGAGUGUGUUUCUGUCAUAUAUCAUAAAUAUCAUAUAUUAGGAGUAUACAUUGUAUUCUGCAAACCUAUGGCAAGCAUAAUAUGUGUUUUGUUAUUCCUAAUAUAUAAUAUUUAUGAUACAGAAACAUGUAUGUAACAUUAAAAUUUUGAAAUACUGUAACCUAUACGACCCAUUAUAUGUUGGUAAUUUUUGUCAUUCUUUUUUGUGCCAAGUGUAUACCUGGUCCAGUCACCAGCACUUAAAAAAGUAUCUUUCUUUCUGAAAGGUAACUGAGCUUGCUGAACAGAUCGUUUACAAUUUUAGUUGAAGGUAUAUUUAUAUUUAAUCACUGUUUGUUGUGAGCCUCCAAAGGUAUAACUAAGUUUUAAUAUUUUAUUCAUUUUGAAAAAGUUUGUCUGACCAUGUGAAAAAUGCCUGUACUUAACCUAUCGUAAAUAUUUUGCAGCAAUAAGUAGCUUCUGUUCAGCACAAAUCAAUAUAUAUUUUGUCGUAUUUUGUAGUAUUACUGACUUUUGACAAGAAAUUGACAUGAUUCAGCUAGUCACACAUUUUACUUUUCUUGUAUGGUUGUUCAGGCGGAUGAAAUGUGUAAAGGCAGAUUCUUUUUAUGCUGUUACAUAUCUCCAUACAAAAUGCAGGCAGUAACCAGAAGAGAUGUCUGAAGUCUGUUAAUGGCCAUGUUGAAGGUCUGUCAGAAACAUCAAUAGGCUGGUGAUCUUUGAGGAUGUUAUGAGUAUGUUAUCAUAGUCAGGGGUGAGUAUCUUCUGCGGAUUCGCGAAUUUUAGUGACCACAGAUUUGAUAAAAUCUCAUGGCUUCCCCAUAAACACCCCCAAAUUAUGGACCACGCUCCAUUGCAAAGACGUUUCAGCUGAAAAGGAAAAUACUCUUUCUCAUCCCUGCAUAGUGAUAGUAUUGCUAAACAUAAAAGUUUUAAAACAGAACCUUAUGAAACAGGCAUGCUUUAGUGUUUGUGGCAAUUUUCCCAUCACUACCAGUCGAAACUACUAUCGCCAUACUUUUAUUAGUGGAAUGUUGACUACCUUUUAUGAUUUUUUUCUUCUUCUAAUUACCUGCAUGUCUCAAACUGAAUGGUGUAGAAAAUUGUUAGUACUUUUUCCUGUUCAUUUAAACUAUUGAUAGUGUAGCGUAUCCCUUUUAAUAUUUGAUAUUUUAACUUGUCAUUGUUUGAAAUUAGGAGAGCCAUGGGGUCAUUGAAGAUUGCUGCAAUAUGAUUUGAACCCUGUACGUUUGAAUCUGUACGUUUUAACAUCGGGGUUAUGACAGGGACCCCUUCAAUAUCAUGCUUAACCUUGGACGCUGUCAUUGAUGUAUUGUACAUCAGACAAUGUUAAUUGUCAACAGCUUUAUGGAAUAACAAAUGGUUUAUACUACAUUUCUUUUGGGAUAUGUGUUUAGUGUCACAGGAUAGGUCAUGGCAUGAUAUUGCUGGAAUAUUGCUGGAGUAUUGCUGGAAUAUUGCAGGAAUAUUGCAGGAAUAUUGCUAAAACUGGCCUCAAUUCUCUCUCUCUCACAAGAUGUCUGUCAGUAUUGGAAUAUGAGCUGGUAAGGGCUGUAUGGAUGGAAACACCUACGUUCCUCUUGAGAAUCUGCAACAGUACUGUUACAUUAAUAUUCUUUUAUUCACACAAAGAAAUAUUUUUGUUUAACUAUGUCAGAAGCUUGUGUUAUCAUGUUUAGACAAAAGGUCACAAGGCAAAGUUUUUGCAAAUGGAGCAGACAUCCCAUAAUUCUCCAGCAUGAUCUUAAGUGAUUUUUAGGAAAGCACUGCCAAGUCAGCCCAUGAGAUAUCGUGGAUGAUAUACAGAUUUAAGAUCAACAAUGAUUUUCUUUUUGUUGAAGCCUCGGCUGUACAGUUGAAAGAUAAUUCAUAGAUUAUCAUCCCUUUGAGAAAAUACAAAUGGUCUUUUUCAUUAUGCUUAUUAUCAUAAAAGGAAGACUGACGAAAGUGGAACAAAGAAUAUUUAUCAUUCCACAACCAAUAUUAAAAUUACUAUUGGUAAUAAUUUUUGGGAAUCCUUCAAACAGUGUUUCAUUAAAGCAUCAUUAAUAGCAACUGAAGGUGUCACCAACAACCAAGCAUUGUUUGUUAUUAAUUUGAUUCCUUUUGAAACAAGAUGUAUGAAGCACAGUAUCGAGGCUAUAGUUUCAUUAAGAUUGUUCCAAUCUCAAUUAUUGCAUGGCUGCAAUUUUCAUGCCUUUGUUCAAACAUUCCUACAAAACUAAAUGAUGUUUCACACUGUCAAUAUUAAGUAACACUAUAUGUGAUAAUACCUACAGUAUUUGAUAAUCAAAUAUUUUUUUAUGCUUGUAAUUUUUAUGAUAAUGUUACCCAUGGUGUUGUUCUUACACUGUCUGUGAGAAAACAUGCUGAUGUAGUUACCCUAUUGUUAUUUAUAACAUUUUUUACAUACUAUCUUAUUGUAUUGUUACCCAUGUCCUGUUCUUUGUAACUUGUUACCAUGGUUACACAUUUACAUACCACAGUUUAAUGACUUUUAGUUGAAAAUGUUUUUGUACCCUACAAUCAUAAAAACAUUCAAACAAAAGAAUGUUUAAGAAGGGCAUGUUUUCAAUCAAAAUGUUUGCCAUGUUUAUGGUAGGCACAUUAGAAAACAGUUUUUGUCUGUUUUUUAAAACCUUUUUAUUUUCAUAUUUGUGGACGAAAUACAGUUAAUUAAUAUAAAAGUAAUAUGUGUGUAUCUGACACUCAAAUUAAUCCUGUUUGUCAGAACGAAAUCCAUACAUUCUUUACUGAAUGAUCAGAAUCUGUUUAAGUUUGAAGCAAAUCGGUGACACAUUGAAUACUGAAUUAUGUGAUAUAUGUAAUGAAUGCUGUCUUUGCUGCUAUCUCUACUUAGAAUAAAGCGGGGGGCACGGUACAGAGUUGCUUC